UAGUGUUAGUAACGUUGCCGUGUUUUCAUGUAGCAAGAGAAGAGAUACAAGCUAAUAGCCAUCCGGCUAAGUGACUGUAUAUGCCCGCUCUGUCAGUGGCAGAUGCGUGUCCCUCUCUGUAAAGAGGAUGUUGCCGAGGUCUCCAGCCUUCCCCCAUAAACAUGGGCAAACCAGGCCUGAUAUAAUAUUCACCCAACGCCUUUUACCCCAUGCCUUCUCACAACAGCAACGAAUCGAGUCACAUCUGAACCUCACUAACACAAAUUUCCACAGCAAACCUCUGAAUGUAUUCCCUAUCAUCCCAACCUAUCAAUGGAACCCAGCACCCGACAUUCCUUUCACCAGUCCAAAUGGGUCAAGAACGAAAAACAGGAAGAGGAAAAGUGAUGGCCAUAGUCAGGAUGACCUGAAGAGGCAGCGCUUCAGCUCUCCACACCCAUACAAACAGCCGGGUAAAACAUCCAGGUUUAGCCCAGUAUGUCGGGGAGAGCAGGGGCUAACUAGAGUGUCUGUGGGUGAGGGCUGCUCUCCUGUUCGUUCUCCUAUGCACUCCCCUGGCACCUCGCACUCAGUAGGCUGUGUGCCGUCUCUCAGGGAGGACUCUUGUCAGAAUGCCAACAGCAGUCUGCCACCGUCCCUCGUCAAAGAUAAGCUCAGUCAGCAGAUCUUAGAGCUGUUCCUUGCUUGCGAACAGCGGAGUGAAGACCUGGAGAGGAAGGAGUCCUGUCGUGCGCAGUUACAGAGGGACAUUCAGAGACUAUUCCCAUGUGCGAGAGUGUUCCUGGCAGGAUCAUCACUUAAUGGUUUUGGUAGUCGCUCCAGUGAUGCUGAUCUCUGCCUCGUUGUUCAAGACGGGCCAGUAAACCAGAGAACAGAUGCUGUGUGUAUACUCAGUCUUGUGCAGAAGUUGUUAUACAAAUUGUCUUACAUUGAGAGACCUCAGCUCAUCCGAGCAAAAGUGCCCAUACUGAAGUUCAGAGACCGAAUCAGUGGAGUGGAGUUUGAUUUGAAUGUAAACAACAUUGUCGGGAUCAGAAACACCUUCCUGCUACGGACAUAUGCGUACAUUGAAAAGCGAGUUCGUCCAAUCAUCCUCGUGAUUAAAAAGUGGGCCAGUUAUCACAGAAUCAACGAUGCAAGUCGUGGAACCCUUAGUAGCUACACACUGGUGUUGAUGGUUCUGCAUUACCUCCAGACUCUUCCAGAACCUGUCAUUCCUUGUCUUCAAAAAGAUUAUCCUGAGUGUUUCAGCCCAGUAAUGGAUAUCCAUCUUGUACCAGAUGGACCCAAGAAUAUUCCUUCAUUUGUGUCAAAGAACCAGUCGUCUCUUGGAGAUUUACUCCUCGGCUUCCUGAAAUACUAUGCCACAGUUUUCAGGUGGGACAAGUGUGUGAUCUCUGUGCGUGAAGCAAAAGCUCUGCCCAAACCAAACUGCCGGGAGUGGAAAGACAAGUUCAUCUGUGUGGAGGAACCGUUUGAUGGAUCAAACACAGCCAGAGCAGUUCAUGAGAAAAUGAAGUUUGACGCCAUCAAAGCACAGUUUACAGAGUCCUGGCAGGUGCUGCAAGUGAGGAAAGAUCUGAACUACAUUCUACCCAUCAGAGAGACAAGACUGAAAAGAUAACCCAAACCUGAGCUGCCUUCAAGGGACCUUUUGAUAAGAACACAGAGAAAAUAAACAGCAGUAAUGAGCACUGGACACUGAUACACCUCCUGUGACCUUUUAUUGUGUUUACACAAAUGUUCCUGCAACACUUUUGGUAAUACUGGACCUGGGAAAUUACUGUUUUGCCUGAUUUGACCUCAUUUACAUGACCAAGAGGAUCACGUUUAAGAGGCUAAAACUGUAUUCUAUGUAUGUUUCACAGAUGAAGUGGUGCAUACUGCCACAUAUCUGCAGUACCUUACUUUCUCUUCUUGAGCUCAUUAAUCUAUGCUGUCUUUCCACUGUUGUUCGAUUUGUAGCAAGUACCUGCUUUUGUUUCUGAGCUCACUGAAACAGGAUUUCUAGGAUAAAGAUUUACUUCUCAGAAGCCAGACAGUAUAAAGUCACCUUUUGGCACAUGCCCACUUUUAUCUCAAUUCUGUACAUUUUUACUUGUUUUGUUCUGUCACUUCUUGUACAUUUUGUACAGUCUUUUAAUGUUUAUUUAAAAGAUUAAACUUUGGAACAUUAUCACUUU